ACAAAAAAAAAAAACCUUGGUAAAAAAAUCAAAAAAAAAAAAAAGAAGAAAAGAAAAUUUAUCCUCCUGUGUAAUCAAAUUAUUUAUUCAAAAAUUAUACACAUCUAGUAACCCAAAGAUCACUAUUUAUAGACACUGGUACACUAAUUAUACAUUGUUGAAGAUAUCAAUAUAAUUAGUGGGAGGAUGUGUCUACUACACUCUCUUUUUUUCUUUUUUAACAGUCGCAAAAUAGACAAAUUACUGUUAGAAACGAGAUUGAACAUUGAACAGAGUGAAUUGUCGAAUAAAUAUUCGUUGUACAAUAAUAAAAAUUGUCAUUAUUGUUUAUAUUUAAAAUAGAGACAAAUUGUAUCAGAGUUAAGGUUAUAUCUAAGCUCUACAGGGUGAGUAAGAACAUUUCUUUUUUUUAAUCAAAAAUUCUUCAUGAGAUUUUACAGAUAUAGUUUUUUUUUGUUUUUAAAAAUAUGUUCAAUUAUCUUAGAAGUCAUGAAGUGUUCGCGUAGUGAUCGUGCUUUUUUUGCAUUUAUUUUUAGUAUUUUUCAUUUGACAUAAACACGAAUCGCUUGCACUAUUUGAAAAGAGCAAAAUUUUUUGCUACAUGUUGAGAAAUACAACGACCUUUUCUUUAAAAAUUUUUUGAUUCUAAAAAUAAAAUCCUUUUAUAAAUAAAAAGAAGCAUGAGAGAGAGAGAGAGACAAAAAAAAAGAAAUAGUUAUCAGACAUUAUCUUACAAUGAUUGAUAUUCUCUGUUACAAAAGUUCUGCUAUUUUACUUACAUUUUGUUGUUGUUCUUCUUCUUCUUUUAUCUAUUUUUUAUACUGUUAGUAAGAGAAUUGAAACAAGUCUGUUUAACCUUCCACAAUGAAUUUGUUUCAACAAAAAUAUUUGUCAAAACUAAAAAAACAUCAUAAGAGAAUUAUACAUUUAAAAGAUUAUUUUUGUUUUCGUUCAGACGUUCAUUUAUUGAACAUAGAAAAUAUAUUUUAAAAUCAAUAUUUUUUUGUACAAAAAUGAUUUAUUAGUAUAGGAGAGAAAUGAUGAAUCAUUGGAAAAAAAUGAAGCUAAUGAGCCUAUUUUAAAAUUGAAGUAACAUACCGUUAGUUAAAAUAUGUGUCUAUGCUGAAAAAGAGAGACACAAUAGUCAAAGAAAUACAAUGUACAAAUUGAAUGUGUGUAAUAUUAAAAAAAAAAUGAAAUGAAUAAUUUCUGUUUUUUGUUUGUUUAUUUCUUUUCUUUUUUUCUUUUUCUCGUAUUCAUAGGCGUAUUUACAAAUGUUUCAUCGACAAAUAAUGAGUCAUCAUCAUAUACGACAGAUAUAUCAUCUCAUUCAAAUUUAAAUACUGGACAACGUCAUAGUAUAAGUGGAAGUAACGAAAAAAUGUUUACAACUGAAACUGUAUCAUCAUCAUUAUCUCCUCCAAAACAUUCAUCAUAUUUACGUCAACAACGUACAAGUGAUAAUCAACAAACAACAAUUCAACCCGAUUCAACAAGUUAUGAUAGUGAUAUAGAUAAAUCAACAGAGGAUUUAGAUUUUGAUGAUGAACAUGAUGAAGAAAAAUUACAAAAAGAUGAAGAUGAAGAAAAACGAAUUAUUUCUCGUCAACAAAAUGUAUUAUGGUGUAUUGUUCAAGAAUGGGUUAGAAAAGAAGAAACAUAUAUUACACAAUUGGAUAAUUUACUAUUUCAAGUAACAAAAUUACACCAAAAACAUUUUAUCUAUCUCGUUUAUUUUUUUUUAACUAAUUCUUUAUUUUUGUGA